AUGGCCGCCAUGAAGCAUCAAAAAUGCAUCGCCACGGCCCUGCGCCAGCUCACAACGACCAGUGCUGGUAAAGGCACUCGCCCUGGGGGCCCACGACUUCCAGCUCACGCCGCAAUUUGUCGCAACCCAACCUCACGACCGACUCCUUUGUCGCAGAGAUGUCUUCACACGAGCCCUGCCCGCCGCAGCGGCGCCUCCAAUCCCGCCAUGUCGUUCCCCUGCCUUGACGCCGUUGAGAGUCGAUCCGCAACCCUCGAGGCCCGCACCACCUCGAGUGGCCCCGAGCCAACCUAUACCGUCGGCGAGACCCUUAAAUACCACUGCGAAAAGCCCCUGCUCCUCGACUGGGGCGGGGUUCUGCCCGAGUUCGACAUAGCAUACGAGGCAUGGGGAACUAUGAACGAGGACAAAUCCAAUGUCGUCUUGCUGCACACGGGCCUGUCUGCGUCAUCCCACGCGCACUCGACCGAGCUGAACCCCCAGCCCGGAUGGUGGGAGAAGUUCAUAGGACCGGGAAAGGCACUAGAUACCGACAAAUACUUUGUCAUCUGCACCAAUGUGCUGGGCGGCUGCUACGGUUCAACGGGGCCCAGCAGCAUAGAUCCUGCCGACGGUCAGAACUAUGCUACGCGCUUUCCCAUAUUGACAAUUGAAGAUAUGGUCAGGGCUCAGUUCAGGCUGCUGGAUGGGCUAGGUGUCGAGAAGCUGCACGCCAGCGUCGGCUCGAGCAUGGGCGGUAUGCAGUCCCUCGCAGCCGGCGUGCUGUUCCCCGACCGGGUCAGCAGGAUCGUCUCCAUCAGCGGGUGUGCCCGAAGCCACCCUUACAGUAUAGCCAUGCGUCACACCCAGCGGCAAGUCCUCAUGAUGGACCCCAACUGGAACAGAGGCUAUUACUACGGCAAGGUGCCUCCGCACCACGGCAUGAAGCUUGCCCGAGAGAUCGCAACCGUCACAUACCGAUCCGGCCCCGAGUGGGAGCAGAGGUUUGGCCGGAGGAGGGCGGACCCAAGCAAGCCGCCGGCCUUGUGCCCAGAUUUCCUGAUUGAGACGUACCUGGACCACGCCGGUGAAAAGUUCAACCUGACCUACGACGCCAACAGCCUGCUGUACGUGAGCAAGGCCAUGGAUCUGUUCGAUCUGGGCCGCGAGAACAGGGCCCGCACGAUUGCCCGACGCGCCGAGCGGGAAAAUGAGUUCGCGUCUGGCGCCUCGUCAGGGUUCGAAGCCAGCUGCAGCCUGACGCUGCCUGACCUCCCGUACGAGGAGCAACCCGGAACCAGCGAGGGCACCGUAGACGUCCAGGAAGCGAUGAGCGCGAAGCCGCCCGCUGACCUAGUGUCUGGUCUUGCUCCGCUCAGAGACCACCCCACGCUUGUUAUGGGCGUUGCUAGUGAUAUUCUGUUCCCUGCGUGGCAGCAGAGGGAGAUUGCUGAGACGCUCAGGUACGCUGGCAACAGGAAGGUUACACAUGUCGAGCUGAGUGAGGAGCAAAGUCUGUUUGGCCAUGAUACAUUCUUGUUGGACCUGAAAAAUAUUGGCGGAAACUUGAAGAACUUCUUGGGUUGA